AUGGCUAAAAUACAUCGAUGUCUCUUUUUUGCCUUAGGCUUAUCUCUUGGCCUAACAAUUGGCAUCCUUGGUGUCCAACGUUUCCCCCCCUCUAUUUCUUCUUGGCCAUCUUUCACCACUACCUCGCCAUAUUUAGCACUAGUGACCGAGCCACCAUCUAGACCUCCACCACCGCCGUUGUCGCCGUCUCCACCAUCCAUAAAUGUGACGUCCAAGCAACUACCGAAGGAGUACAACUUGGGAUUGUAUGACAAAAAUCAUACAAACGUUAUGCAUAAUAUGAGUGACAAGGAGUUGUUGUGGAGAGCAUCAAUGGUCCCUCAAAUAGAAGGGUACCCUUUAGAUAUUUUGCCUAAAGUGGCUUUCAUGUUCUUGACAAAAGGUCCCUUACCUUUGGCCCCAUUAUGGGAAUUAUUCUUUAAGGGUCAUCAAGGUUUUUACUCCAUCUAUGUGCAUACUCAUCCUUCUUAUAAUGAUUCCUUGCCUCAAAGUUCUGUCUUCUAUGGAAGGCGUAUUCCUAGUCAGGAAGUAAUAUGGGGAACCAUGUCAAUGAUAGAUGCUGAAAAACGACUUUUAGCCAACGCAUUCUUAGAUCAUUCCAAUCAAAGAUUCAUAUUACUCUCAGAAUCAUGCAUCCCAUUAUUCAAUUUCACCACAAUUUACAACUACUUAAUGAAUUCUAAGGUAAGUUUUCUUGCUUCAUUUGAUGACCCAAGAAAACAAGGACGUGGACGUUACAACCCCAAAAUGUUGCCUAACAUAACUAUACAAGAUUGGAGAAAAGGAUCACAAUGGUUUGAACUUCAUCGUGAACUUGCAAUUCUUGUGAUUUCUGAUCAAAAAUAUUACUCAAUUUUUGAACAAUAUUGUCAUCCACCAUGUUACAAUGAUGAGCAUUAUCUUCCAACUCUUGCAAAUAUAUUAUUUCCUGAUCAAAUUUCUAAGAAUAGAGGCAUUACUUGGGUUGAUUGGUCUCAUGUUGCAUCUCAUCCUGGUAGAUUUAUAAAGAGUGACAUAACACAAGAGUUUCUUAAUCUUAUUAGAUUUGGGUUGACAAAUUGUACAUAUAAUGGUAAUGUAACAUCCAUGUGUUUUCUUUUUGCUAGGAAAUUUGUAGGAGAUACAUUAAAGCCUUUGUUGCAAAUUGCUCCUAAACUUCUAGGUUUUGAUCCUUAAAAUUUUGUAACACUAUCAUUUAUUUGUAUACUAAACUACAUAUUAUGUCACUUGUUAAUAUGUUGAUGCACUAUUAUUUUGAUUUUUGAAUACCAAUAUGA